UGAUAAAAAUCCCAGUUGUAGUUUUGAACCUAAUCGCAAAAUAUUUACUUGUUUUACUUGUGGCUUUAAGGCCAGCGAUAUAUUUAGUUUUUGGGCUCAGUAUAAGAAAAUUAACUUGGAAGAAGCGGUAGAAGAAAUUGGAAAAAUGGGCUAUUUUCCCCUCUCAAUUUGGCGGGAGAAAAAACAGCAAGAACAAAAAGAGAAAAAUAAAAUCUUUUACUUACUUUUGCUAAUCAAUGACAUUUAUCAGCAUAAUUUACUUAUCCAACCAGGUCGGGAAGUAUUAAAUUAUCUCCAAAAUGAGCGUCAGUUGGAUAAAAAAACGAUUGACCGUUUUGGUUUAGGAAGUAGCAUUAACAAUUGGCAAUUAACCAACAGCGAAGGGAAAAUCGUGGCUUUUGCGGCUCGGAAAAUUGGGGAAAUACCUGCCGGAGAGGGAAAAUAUAAAUACCUGCCUAGUUAUCAAUACUAUCAAAAAUCCUCCUUACUAUAUAAUUACCCAACCGCAAAAAAAAUGCGGUCGGAAGAGUGUUAUUUGGUGGAAGGAUUUUUUGAUGUCAUUAGUUUGGGCAAGGUAGGGGUAGAAAAUUGUGUGGCUCUGCUGGGAACCAACUUGUCAGAAGAGCAAAUUAAACUGCUAAUUGAGUUAAAAAAACGAAUUAUUCUCUUUUUAGACAACGACCAAGCCGGGCAAGAGGCUACCAUUAAUGUAGCCGUGAAACUGCUAUUGCGGGAGGUUGAUUGUGAAAUAAUAAAAAAUAAUUAUUCGGGCGACCCGGAUGAAAUCUGCCGAAAACAGGACAAAGAAAAUAUUCAAAAUAUACUCCAAAACCGCGAAAACCCUUAUUUAUUUAUUCUCCACCAUUAUUUUACCAAAUGA